AUGACAGAAAUAUUGAUUCAGAGCCUGUACAAGAAGGAGCGCUAUAAAAGGCAGCAGGCAUGUCGCGGUCUGGUUGGGAACUUCGUUGGUCUACUUCUCUGCCUCACUGUCCUGGUGAUAACGCUGUAUCUGGAACUGAACCAGGAUCACAACUCACUGCUUCACUAUAGGUUGCACUCUGGGGAGGUGAUGUUUAUAUAUUUGGUGACGCUUGGCCUCACGUUGGUGGCCUUCGGUUUCACGUUGCGCCUCAAAUUCACUGUCCACUUUACACCUCACAGCCUUGAUGAGAAGCUGCUCGUGGUCACCUACUUCGUGACAGUGAAUUACCAGAUCUCUUCAAUCGCCAUGUGUCUACACUAUCUCAGUCAGGUGAACCUGGUCGCUAGUCAUCAGACACUAUUGCAAGUAGGCCUUGUUGCUCGACUUGUGGAGCUUGCUCAGGCCAGUCUGCAAACUUUCUUCAUUCAAGACGCUUUCUACCGAUGCAGCCAAGACGAGGCUACCAAGCACAAGAAGCCAGGUCGCGAUUUUAUAGCCAUUCUUUUGGCAGUCAACUUCUCUCUAUGGAUGAUCAAGAGCUUUCAGGUUUGA